CCACCUUGAUGUUUCGGGACCCCACUUUGGGUCCCGACCCCAACUUUGGGAAACACUGCUGUAAGGGACGAUGGGAUCAGGAGCGUAGGAAAGAAAAAUAUGCUGACAAGGAUCUUGAAGGAAUGGGUGUUUCUACCCGGAUGGUGAUUCCAGACGGACCAAAACAGCCUUCGGAAAAGUUGACGUGGACGGGUGUUUGUACAAUGGCCGGGAAUAAAGUAGAAAAUUCGGCGGACAGCACCGCCUUAUCGUCGAACUCGAAUGUGCCUUCUCAGCCCAAUAACCCGCUUUCGAGGAAGCUCAACAAAAUAUUAGAAACGAGGCUCGACAACGACAAGGAGAUGCUGGAGGCUCUGAAGGCGCUGUCAGUGUUCUUCAGUGAAAACAGUUUGCGCACCAGGAGGAAUCUUCGAGGUGACAUCGAAAGGCGAAGUCUCACCAUCAACGAGGAGUUUGCACGAAUAUUUAAAGAAGUGAAAGAGGAGCUUGAAAAUGUUCAUGAAGACGUUCAGGCGAUGAGCACUUGCUGUGAAGAAAUGACCAACAGACUGAAGGCUGUAAAAGAGCAAACUCAAGACCUCAUUGUGAAAACCAACAAGCUGCAGGGAGAAAAUCAGCGGCUCGAAGUGAAAGCCCAGGUCGCUCAAGCUUUCCUCGCCAAGUUCCAGCUAACUAAUGAGGAAAUGGCCACACUACGAGGUACUCGAGAUGCACCCAUUACUGAGGAUUUCUUCAAAGUUCUGUCUCGGGUGAAACACAUACAUGAAGAUGUGAAAAUCCUCCUGAGAACCAACCAGCAAACUGCAGGGUUAGAGAUCAUGGAGCAGAUGGCGGUGUUACAGGAGACUGCGUACGAGCAGCUCUACCGCUGGGCUCAGAACGAAUGCCGAGGUCUGACUCAGGAGACAUGUGAUAUCAGUCCUGUGUUAACUCAGGCCAUGGAGGCCUUACAAGAUCGCCCUGUUCUUUACAAGUACACUCUGGAUGAGUUUGGGACCGCACGCAGAUGUGCUGUGGUCCGAGGCUUCAUCGACGCCCUGACCCGCGGCGGGCCAGGAGGUACUCCACGGCCCAUAGAGAUGCAUUCACAUGACCCUUUGAGGUAUGUUGGGGACAUGUUGGCCUGGCUGCAUCAAGCAACAGCCUCAGAGAAAGAGCAUCUUGAAGCUCUGCUGAAACAAGUCAUUCUGCAAGGCGUGGAAGAGAACAUGCAAGACGUGGUGGGACACAUCACAGAGGGAGUCUGCAGACCCCUGAAAGUGCGGAUAGAACAAGUCAUCGUGGCAGAGCCGGGCGCCGUUCUGCUUUACAAGCUGUCGAAUCUGCUGAAGUUCUACCACCACACAAUCAGCUCCAUCAUUGGAACCAGUGUUGCUUCUUUGCUCAUCACUAUUGAGGAAAUGCACCUCCUCAGUAAAAAGAUGUUCUUCAACAGCCUGAGUCUCCACGCAAGCAGACUCAUGGACAAGGUGGAGCUGCCGCCCCCGGACCUUGGACCUACAGCCUCCCUCAAUCAGACCCUGGCCCUCCUCAGGGAGGUGCUGGCUUCCCAUGACUCCUCUGUGAUUCCGCUCGACGCUCGCCAGGCUGACUUUGCUCAGGUUCUUUCUUGCAUCCUGGAUCCCCUCCUCCAGUUGUGCACUGUGUCAGCCAGUAACCUCGGCACCGCUGACAUGGCUACCUACAUGGUCAACUCACUGUACGUCAUGAAGACCACCCUGGCUCUGUUCGAGUUCACCGACAAGAGGCUUGAGAUGUUGGAGUUCCAGAUCGAGGCUCACCUUGAUACGCUGAUCAACGAGCAGGCGUCCUACGUGCUGACCAGAGCCGGGCUGAGUUACAUCUACAGCUGUGUGCAGCAGCACGGCGCAGAGCAGGGACCUUUGUCCCUCCUCCCUGGUAUGGACAACUCCUCUGUGAAAGCAGCCAUGGUCCAGUUUGACCGGUACUUGUCAUCGCCGGACACGCUUGUCAUGCCUCAGCUCAACUUCCUUCUGAGCGCCGCCGUCAAGGAGCAGAUUUUCCGUCAGUCAACAGAGCUGGUGUGCAGAGCCUACGGAGAGGUUUACGCAGCUCUGAACAGCCCCGCUAACACUUACAAAGACCCAGAAAACCUGGUACCCAGAUCCCCCCAACAGGUCCAGACCCUGCUGUCCUGAAACUCCUAAAUCUACCAGACUGUCCAGUCAAAUAUUUAAAGAGACGUGUAAUUUAUACAGCAUAUUAACACAAAUGUAAAUAAAAGUAGUUGUUUGGGUUCAGUUCUUUUUGGGAAAAGUGGGGCGUGUUGACCUCAGAAAUGUUCACAUGUAAAUAAAAAAUCAAAUAUAUGUUGCAUUUGUUGACCUGGUGCUGACAUUUUGUGUUACUGUUCUCUGUUGUGGAAAAAAUAAUCUGUAUGAAUUGACAUUUUGAACAUUAAACAAAAGGAAAAAAAAAAA